CGCUGGAGACAACGUGAGACCCAGAAAUUCCAAUCUGCUUGCUGCCUUAAAAAAACACGAUUUCCAUUAAAGAAAAGCGGGGAAAUUUUGUGGAUUUCGAGAUAAAGGAUGAGUACGCUGGAUGUAACUAGAGCGGAACUUGCUCUUAUAGUUUUGUAUUUGAAUAAGGCUGAAGCAAGGGAUAAGAUAUGCAGGGCCAUACAAUAUGGCUCGAAAUUCUUAAGUAACGGACAACCUGGCACCGCACAAAAUGUUGACAAAUCAACCAGCUUGGCUCGGAAAGUGUUCCGUCUUUUUAAGUUUGUCAACGAUUUGCACGGUCUUAUUAGUCCAGUUCCUCAAGGAACUGCCCUCCCACUUGUUCUGUUAGGAAAGUCAAAAAAUGCAUUGUUGUCAACUUUCUUAUUUCUCGAUCAAGUUGUCUGGCUUCACAGAUCAGGCAUCUAUAAGAACAAAGAACAUGCUGAGUUGCUUGGACGAAUAUCCCUUUUCUGCUGGAUGGGUUCAUCAAUCUGUACCACCUUAGUUGAGCUUGGGGAGCUCGGAAGGCUAUCUGUAUCAAUGAAAAAGUUGGAAAAGAAUCUUAAGAAUAGUGACAAGUACAAGAACGAGGAGUAUUGUGCGAAGCUCCAAAAAUCAAAUGAGAGGACUCUGGCCCUUGUUAAAGCAGGAAUGGAUAUAGUCGUAGCAGUCGGGCUUCUUCAAUUGGCACCUAAGAAGGUCACUCCACGAGUGACGGGAGCAUUUGGAUUCGUUACAUCUCUCAUCUCCUGUUAUCAGUUGCUUCCAUCACCACCCAAGUCCAAGACACCCUGAAGUUGGAAGCCUGUUUUGCUCAAGCAGCUUAGAGUAUCUUUUAAAUAAUUUCAUUGAACAUAUGUUCUUAAGUUCAUAUUUGUGUAAGCUUUGAAGAAUAUGUAUACCUUGGGUGACUUGACCUCAUCCUCUUCCUUUGUAGCACCACUUCUGUUUUGCAUAUCUGUCAAGCACCCAACAAAAUAAUACUAAUACAUAUUGCUGUUCUUUGUUC